CAUAGUGACGAGAUCACAACAGCUUAAGCAGUAGAAGUAAGCCUGGACAGUCAAACCCCUUUGUGUCAAUACAGUGAAGAUGAACUUUCUUGGUUUCGCUUUCCCCCUGGCGUUGCUUGUAGCAGUUCAGCUUAUCACUUUUACAUGGGCUGCAACGAAUGUGACAAAAACCUCAGGAAAAGAUUAUGUUGAGCAAGGAAAACACCUUGGUGAACAACCAGUACGUCGCAUGUUACCAGCAUGCAAUCUUAACACAUUCUCAUUGCGUGGUGGUAAACCAACCUUUCCCGAGCAGCCAGGUGUCACCCGUCCCCUCUGCCAAGACAAAUAUUACGCCACUCUCCACGAUAAUAAUUUGGGAAUUGCACGUUACGCACUCUACAAGAUUACCGCCGAAGACGCCAUGAAACCAAAAGUACCAAGACCUCAAGGUGACCCAUGGCAACCGAAUCAGACGCCAGGGAUUCUUCAAGGAAGCAAAAAAUUGUACGAGGACCAACCUUUCAAGGGUAGAUACCAGAAAGGCCACCUAGUUCCUGUUAAAAUCUUGCGUUACAGCCUUGAAAGUGUCCUUGCCACAUUCAUCUACACCAACUGCGUGCCGCAAAUUGCAAGUUUCAACGGAGGUCAGUGGAAAAGGUACGAACAGAGAAUAGAGAAAUACGCUCGGAAAACUUGUUCUCCGAACGGUGGAACCCUUUUCCUAAUCACUGGUACAUCGAAGGUUAAGUUUUUCCGGAAACGUGAUCGUCAAGGUAAAAUAAAAGCACCCAAAGAGAUGAAACCUCUGCAGUGGUUCCAUAACAAGGUGGAUGUAAACAAGAAUCUCGGACCAAAGAUCGCAAUUCCAAACUCAAUGUGGACGGUGGGCUGUUGUUUGAACUUAAAAAAGAAUAAAGUCGUGGGAGCGUUUGGUGUAAUGGGUGAUAAUUCUUUAGACCAACAGCUCUUAAAUGAAUUUAUGAUGUCCGAACAAAACGUCGCAUAUGUUGAAAGCGCCCUUCAAUUAGAGGAUCCAAAUAUUAAGUUGUUUCCUAACGGCGACGAUUGCUAUGAGCCAGAGAAAAACGUUCGAUUGAUUGAGGUAUGAUUUUACUAUGUCCCUUGAAAGGAGUAUAGGUAAGUUCCCUGACAGGAAUCUGAGGGGUAUCUUGCAUGAAAUAACUAGAUUCAGAUCAAUGCUCAAUUUUUAUCAUAUCUCAAUUAAUACGUGUGCUAUGAUCAGUCAAUUAAGCGGACCAUACCUCACUGUACGCCUCGCUAAAUUCAAAACUUUGUAUAAGUUAAAAUCUUCUUCAUCUAUUUGAACCCGAAAAUUUAACAAAUAUCCUAGUGACUCGUUUUUUUCGGGCUGUACUGUUAGUUACGAACUCGGUUAUAACUGAAGAGGUGUUUAGAGCUUGUAUUUCUAUCCUCUAAGUUCAAAAUAUGCAUGCUACUUUAUCUGUUAAACAAUCUAUAUUGUAACGAAGAAGU